CAAACCUGUAAACAGUAAACACUAAACAGUAUAAUGGUAUAACUAUUAACUACAGUCUAUACUCUAUACUAUAUACUCUGAUUAUUUUAUAGCAAAAUAAGUUUUCACCGUGUUCUCAUAAUCUCAUCUUACGUACUUACGUUCAGUUUUUCUUAAAGUGCAUUUAAACAUAAAAUAUUUUUUUUUAAAUACCCGCAAGUUUUAAAGAUCGCGAUGUUUAGUAUAUUUAAAUUUAAUAAAGUAAAGACCACGAUUAAUAACCCACCCGUUAAAAAUGCCAUUCAGACCACUAGUGAUCUUGAUAAACAUGCUGAUGAAGAAUAUGAAGAAGACAAUCCAAGUUUUAAUAGUGUUGACAGCGCAGAGGAAGAAUCCAGUCGAGGAAAACUAAUUGUAUCCACUUGUAUAGACUCAAGUGAUGUAAAAACUUUAAAAUUAGAUCUUGGAAUUUUAGACUCUGGACCAAAACAACCGAUUUUAAAAAACUAUCCAAAAACACUUUUUGGAAAGCAAAAUCGAUCAUUUUCAGAUGGCUAUUUUAAUCAGUAUUCAUGGUUAGAGUAUAGCAUUAAAAUUGAUGCUGUGUUUUGUUUUUGUUGCCGAAUUUUUAAUACAAAUAAUAUUUACAUAGCUGAUAAUACUUUUACAAAAACUGGAUUCAGAAAUUGGAAAAAACUAAGUGGUAAUGGUUCCAAGUUAAUGAGUCAUGAAAAAUCAAAAUGUCAUUUAAAAUGCAUGGCAAGUUGGUCUGGAUAUUUAAGUGCGAAAUCUAUUGGUAGUGUAGUAACACAAGUUUCAGCACAAAAUAAAAAAGAAAUUAUAGAAAACCGAAACUAUGUGUCUGAAAAACAAGAUGCACAGACACUUGUUAAUACUAUUUUUCAAUUUCUUGAGCAUUCAAAUUUGGGAAAUAUACCAAUAUUUGCACAGUCCUACGAUGGAGCGAGUGUUAUGAGUGGUAAAAGAAAUGGUGUCCAGAGUAAACUUCUUGAACGAUACCCAUGCGCUAUUUAUACGCAUUGCAUGGCCCAUAGAAUAAAUUUAGUUGUAGUAGACAUGUGCAAGAAUGUUGAGUAUGCAAAAAGUUUUUUUAACAGUCUGGAAGCAUUAUACGUAUAUUUCUCACGACCAUCUACAAAUAAAAAACUAAAAGAUAUGCAAUUAAAAAUGGACAUUAAAGCAUCUUCUAUUAUUCGAAUUUCUGAUACUCGCUGGGUUUGCAGGUAUAAAAACUGUAAAGCUGUUAAAGAUAAUUUUGAAGUGAUACUAGAGGUUUUGAGAGAAGAAAUUGAUGCUAAUAGUAAUCUAGAUGUAGCACAAGCAAUAGGAAUUGAAGCUAUGAUAAAAAAAGGACAUUUUAUACUAUUUUUAAUUAUACUUGAAGAUAUUUUAACAAAAAUCAAUAUUCUUAGUAACCUAAUGCAAGAGAAAAAAGCAACUUUGGGAAAAUCAGUAAAUUUAAUCAAUAGUAUUAUAAAAACAUUUGAAAAUGACCGUUGCUCAGAAAAAUUUAAAACUGUGUGGACAGAAGUUAUAGCAUUGGCUAAAGAGUUCAACAUUUCAUUAGAAAUUCCAGCUAAAUGUUCCAAACGUAAAAGAAAAGAAACAACAAAUUUACAAAACUAUUAUGUUAGUAAUACUACUGGUGCUGAAUGUUCUUAUGCUAAUGUAGAUGAACUCAAUGAAGGAAUGAAUGAUGAAGACACCCAGUUUGAAUAUUGGAAAGUUAAUGGUUAUUUUAGGAUACUUGACUGUGUUUUAUCAGGUUUGAGAAGCAGAUUUUCAACAGAAAGCUUGAAAAUUGGACAUAGUAUUGAUAACUUUAUGAAGUUAAAAUAUGAUGAAAGUUUACAUUUUAUUGAACAUUACGAGAAUGCUUUAUGUAUUGAGAAAGACCAACUUAAAGCUGAAAUGCUAAUUAUGAAGAACUGUAUUAAUAAAGAUGAUUUUGACAUAGAUGCUCUUGUAUCAGAAAUCAACAAAAAAAUUUUUCCAAAUUUAUACAAGCUUUUACAAGUAGCACUUACAAUUCCAGUAAGUUCUGCUUCUUGUGAAAGAUCAUUUUCGGUAAUGCGGCGAAUAAAAACAUGGCUACGAAAUUCUAUGUCUAACGAUAGAUUUUCAAAUCUAUCAUUACUUCAUAUUGAAAGGGACUUAGCUAAUAAUAUAACAUCUGAAGAGGUUCUAAAUAUAUUUGCGCAAAAAAGCAGGCGUUUAAACCUUACAAUAUAGUAAUUAGUAAUAAUUUCCUAUUUAAAAUGUUUUUUUUUUAAAAUAU